UGAUGAUGUUUGGACAAAAUAUAAUUUGGUAUUCUAUAUAUGAUAAUCGAAUUAUAACUAUGGAUAAUUCUUGUGAAGAUAUAAACAAUUCUAUAAGUGACAAAGAGACAUAUCAAAAGGUAUGUAAAUUAGAAUUGAAUGAAACUACACCAAUAUUGGGAAUGUCAAUUAGAGGAGGCAAAGAAAUGAAUAUUGGAAUAUAUAUUUCCAAGUUUAGAAUAAUUGUAUAAAGUGUUGUUUGUGAUUUUGCAGUGAUAUUUAAAUGUUUUAUUAUGUAUAAUGGAUUAAAAAUUUGGAUAUAUUAAAGUAUAGACCAAGGUAGUAUAAGUGAAAUUAAUGGGAUUAAAGUUGGUGAUCAAAUUAUUACUGUCAAUGGAUAUAAUUUUCAAGGAAUAUAUCAUAGUAAGGCUGUUAAAAUUUUGCAUAAUCAUCAGAUAUUUAUAAUCAUUCUAAAAGAAAGAGGUAUUAUACCUUUAUACAGGGAAAUUUGGGAAAAAAUUUAUAUACUUAAUCAUCAUGAUGAUAAAUCCUUUAUCAGGAAUUUAAGUACAACUAGGUAUGAUUUGAAUACAUAUCAAUCAAUUAAAAAUGCAAAUCACAAUUUUAAAUGCAACUCUGAUAGUAAUAAUUUACACAAGGAGCCCCCAUGUGUAUCAAAACAUGCCCUUGUUACUGAAUCAACAAAAGAUAUCAUGUGAAAGGGUUCUUUGUUUCGCAUAACCAACAACACGCCUCGUUAAAUAAUCUAUGUUCCUUUUAUCAGACAGGAUUUCCAAGAGUUAAUAUCAAGUUUUCUUCUCAAUCUAAUCAUCUAGGUAACACGGGAAAUUUAGAUACUUAUUUGACAGACAGUGCCAAUCAGUUGCAACCCAAAAAGUCAUUAUCCAUGAAUGACUUAUACUACCAGUUAGAUUCUUUAGACUUUUGUAUCAAGUCUAAAACUAGAUUAAACGAGGAAAUAACCGAAACAACUCAUUAUUACAGUGACAAAUUUAAUAAGCGGAUCGCGAAUAAAAUCUUUAACAGCGGGAAAGUAAUUUUUAAAAAAAAUUCGGAUUUUAUUGAAAAAGAUGUUUUUGAAUUCACGAAAUCGAAAGAACCACUAUGUUGUAGAGAUUCGGUCAGCCAUCAAACAACUGGCUUCAAAAUAAAUCAAAAUAACAAUUCAAAUCAUGACAACGAAGAAGGUAAAGUUGGUAAACUCAUUGCUCUUUUUGAAUCUGAGCGGAGCCUCCCUUAUUUUAAAAAAUGCCAGAUGCCUGCGCUCAAAAAUUUAUCUACAUCGACAAACUUCAAUCAAUAUUACGACGCGAGCGUUGAAACAAAUAAUAAUAAAACGUCUAACGAAAUUAACGAUACUCUCAAUUAUAGCAAAGUUAGUCUUGUCAAAGUGGGUCAAAAAUUUGACAAAACGAAAAUUCUAAGUAAAUUCGAACGAUCUCUUUCCCUGGCUCAACUUAAAGAGAAAUUAAGCCAACUAUCAAGGGAGAGGGAAGGUUUUGAUUAUUCCGGACCAAUUUACGAAAAUGUAGAAACUAUUAGGAGAUUUUACCAAAUCCAAAAAUUGCACCAAAGAUGAAUGUAGCGAUCGAAAU